AUGCAUUUAAAACUGUUAUUAGUAUUGACUGUUAUUUAUAUCAUAAAUUUGUCUAAAACCAACGCAAGUUUUAAUAAAAUUCAAGUGACUCCAAACAUUUACCAAAACCAAGAACAACUUUACCUGAUUUUGGAUAAGCAAGAAUUUACAAUAACAAAAAAUCACAAAAUUUUGGCACCUAUUAAAAAUUGCGAGUUCUAUUUGGGAAAUCAUGAAGAAACAAAUAAAGUUAUUUCUUUAUCCAAGUGCCAAGAAAAAUUUUAUGGUGUCCUUGAAUUACAAAAAGUGUUUUACGAUUUGAAGCCAGAAGGAGAAAUAAAUCAUGUUUUGGAAGAAAAUCGGAAAUUUACUGAUCAAAAUUUGUUUGGUGAAGGACCAAGUUAUGCCAAGAAUUUAACUGGUGAUAUUUUGGAUGUGGAAGUGGAUCAAAAGUAUUCUUCAUAUAGAGAUUUGCCAAAACUUGACAUCCCAAUGCGUGACCAAUACAUCAACCAAAAUUCUGACGAACUUUGGCUAGAAAUAUCCUUGGUUGCUGAUCAAUCCUUAAUAGACUUUCAUGGAGAUGACCAUGUGGAAGAAUAUACCAUGGCUUUGAUGAACGUCGUGAGUUCUAUCUUCAAACACCCAUCCUUGUCAUCUGAUUUGGGACUUGCCAUAACCAAAUUUACCUUAUACACCGACGAUAGGGAAACUCUAGUACAUGUUGGUCAAGCCAAAAGAUCCUUAGAUGCUGUAAAUAGAUGGAAUUUUGCUGUUUACCAUAUGUUUUUUCCUCAAGGUUAUGGUCAAGAUAUUGGUCUCUGGUUAACCAGAACUGCCAUAGGAGGUCCUGCAGGAUAUGCUCCUGUUUCAGGCGUUUGCGAUCCUAGAAGAAGUUGUGCUUUGAAUCGGGAUGAAGGAUUUAGCAGUGCUUUUAUAAUUGCUCAUGAAAUUGCACAUUUAUUGGGUUUAACUCAUGAUGGUGAUGUCUAUUCCGGUAAUUCCUGCAACGAUGAAGCCCAAAAAGGUAGUGUCAUGGCACCAACUGUCCAGUCAACUUUUACCAGGUUUUUGUGGUCAAGGUGCAGCAGAGAGGAAUUUUAUUGGAAAACUAGGUUUUGGCCCUGUUUAAGCAAUCGUCCUCUGAUGAAAUUUACAGAAGUUGCACCGGUCUUCCCAAAAACUUACUCGAUGAAUGAUCAGUGCAGAAUUGAAUUUGGUGAUGGGCAUACUGUUUGCAAAACAAUAGGCGUUACUGAAAUCUGCAAAUAUUUAUGGUGUGUCCAUCAUUCUAAUACUGAUCUCUGCAAGACCAAAAAGAAUCCUCCUUUGGAUGGAACUCAAUGUGGAUACGGACUGGGUUGUUACAAAGGCAUCUGCACAACUUCACCAGAAGCUGCAGAAAACCAAAAGGCAAAUCCAGUUGAUGGUUUAUGGGGCGAUUGGAGCGACUGGAGCGAAUGUUCUACAACCUGUGGUUGGGGCUUCAGUUACAGAAUCAGAUUAUGCGAUAAUCCACCUCCCUCAAAUGGUGGUAGGAAUUGCAUAGGCGAAGGUCAGGAAUUCCAGAAAUGUUACUUGGAUCAGUGUCCAGAAAUCGUAAAUGCUAAAAAUUCUAAGGACAAAAGACUCGAACAAUGUUCUAAUGUGCAAAAACAGCAAGGAGAAAAUACGACUGCCCGGUGGCUUCCUUUUGAACCAGAGGAAGAUCAUCUAAAGUGUUUACUGUUUUGCAUAAACGAUCAAACUGGUGAGGUUUACAAUUUGGAAAUAAGUGUUCUGGAUGGUACUCCUUGCUCGUACUCUGAAGAAGAUGAUUUGUGUAUUCAGGGAAGGUGUCGCACGUUUGGAUGCGAUGGAAUUGCAAAUUCUGGAAGAAAAAGAGACAUUUGCGGAGUUUGCGAUGGAGAUGGUUCUACAUGCCAUAAUGUUACUAAAAGAUAUUCCAGAGCAAUGAGAAACGAAAAUACUCGAAUUAUAAUUCUCCCAAAAUACGUCCGAAAUCUGGACUUGGAACUCACUUGUCUGGACGGUUGCGACUACAUAAACCUACCAGUUUUCCUAAAAUACCAGGACCGCAACAAAAAAUCCUUCUACGCCACCAGGAUCCAAACAAGAUCUGGCACCAGAAUUGAAAAAACCAGCCUGAUUGCUGAAGGAUCCAGAUUUAGAAGUGAAAGAUUCGAAAAUGGACAUGAUUUGACUGUUACGAGUUCUGGACGGUUGUAUUCGGAAGUUGUGUUGAGUAUUGGUGUCAAGGUGAAACCGAUUAAGGAAGUUUUGUACUCGGUUUGGUAUUCUUACAACAUGGACAGUGUCGAUCGACAACUGAUUUUGAGAUACAGAUGGGUUUUGAAAUCCUGGUCAAAAUGUUCUGCAACUUGCGGUGGUGGAAUUUCUUAUAGACCAGCAGUUUGUAGGGACAUUGUUUUGGGAAUAAGAGUUGAAAAUGAUAAUUGUCCUUUGAAUGCAAGGCCUAGGAUCAGAAAAAAAUCUUGCAACACAUUCAGCUGUGAUUUUCACUGGAUUCCUGGUUCAUGGGAACACUGUACAAAAACUUGUGGGCCUUUUGGUGUACAAAAUCGAGAACUAUUUUGUGUUAAAAUUAACAAUGAGAGUAAUGAAAUUUCAUCCUUGACCAAAAUUGUGCCACCAAAUUUAUGCCCGGAGCCAACUUUGGAAAAAACUCGAUCUUGUAAUACUCAACCUUGCGAAAGGAAUUGGGUUUUUGGAGAUUGGUCGCAGUGUUCUGCAACUUGUGGUCACGGAAUGGCAACCAUGAAUUUAAUUUGUAAUAAAACAUAUGACAACGAUUUUUGUCCUGAUCAGAAGGCUCCGAUACGACCCUGUGUUGGCCCUGAAUUGUGUCCGGUGCCCAAAUUACAACCCUGCACUGAGAUGUUUGCUGCCACAGUUGUAGAGACUUUCCUUUAG